AUGUACUCAGCCGAAGAUUUUACCGGAAUAACUCUAAAAUUCGAAAAAGAUGAUACUCAGGGACAUCAAUUAUUCAUAAAAGAAAAUGCCUCCAAAGCUGUUUGUAAACAAAAACCCAGCGGACGGACGUUGUAUGUGCUUAAUGUUCCUCCGUAUGCGACAGAAGAGGCAUUACUCCAUGCAUUCACGAAAGCGGGAACCGUAGAACGUGUAGUGCUUCAAGAAAAACCUUCCGACAAAGAGUCUGCACCUAUCGACGUUAUGGCUAAAAACGUGUUUUGUUUCAAAGUUGCGUAUGUAGUUUUUGAAAAAGCAACUUCGCUCAAAAAAGUUCUAAAAACUAGAAAGAUUAAUCCACUACAUUCUGAAGAAACCCAACUGCUGACAGGUGUCGCCAAAUGGUCCAAGGAGUAUCAAGAACGCAUUCCUGACCCGGCAAAAUUGCAAAAGGAAAUCGAUGAGUAUAUGGAAUCCUACGAUCAAAAAGUAGAGCAAAAGAAAAUCGAAGAACAAAAUAAUGCUGCCGAUGAGGAUGGAUGGGUUAAGGUGUCGAGUAAAAAUUCAGGUGUCUUUACUCAGAAACAAGCUGUUGUGAAGAAGCUAGAAAAUAAGCUGGACUCAGAUCGAAACACGAAAGAGCUGAAAAAUUUCUAUACUUUCCAGAUUCGCGAAGCGAAAAAAAACGAUAUCAUAAGCUUGCGAAAAAAGUACGAUCGCGAUUUAAAGAAAAUGGAGCAAAUCAAAAAAGCGAAACGCUUUAAACCGUAUUGAUUGGU